AGCGAUCUUAGUGCUGCGAACUAGUCAUAUCUUCUCGGUGAACCAUAGUUUCGUAUUCCUCUAAUGCAUUUCACCGGUUAUCAGAAACGAGCGUGGCUUAUUGCAGUUUGAUAAACCGCACAAGAAAGCCAUCCUUUCCGUCAGAAGAACCCCUCCGGCCGUCCGGUCCCUAUCGAUUGGCAACGGUUGACGGUACAGAUAAAGGCUUUUACCCAUGGUGUCGUAGGUGCUUUCGAUUGCCCAAGAUCAGUAAGGUGAUAGUUGUCGAUGGAUUCAGUUCCCGGUGGACGAGCAGGUCGGUCGGCGAUGGUUCCGGUACUCAUUUGAAUGCUUCCGAAUAUCAAGUGCCAAAUAAACACUUAUCCAUAGUGCCAUUCACCGUGAGAGGUGGUUUGACUUAUCAAUUAGUGUGAUUUUUGCGAGUGAAAGAGCAUACCCUCGAUUGAUGGAAUGAAUGAAUAGCUAAUCAAGUGUGUGUCCCCUCGAAACCGUUGUUGAGCUCAAGUGAUCCACUCCUCGGUUCGUACAGAAUGUGCAAUAGUAGUGCUUCCGCCGCCGCUGGAAGUGCCGCUGGGCCAAUUCCCACGGUGGUCGCCUCGGUAGCCGGGUAUGACGAGUACUACGAUUCAUGCUGGCAGCUCAUUCCACCGGAUUAUGGAGCCACCGAUUACGACUACAAGUACGAGAUUCUGGAUAGUAUGAAAAUACCUUCCGCUCAACGAUCUGGGUUCCACAUCAGCGACAUCCUCGAGUUGAACUCCCAGACCAGCCAACAAACCAGCAACAAAGAGUACUCUCAUCUACAAAGUCAGGGUCCAUGCAGUACACCUCCCGAUUCCGUCCAGAACACAACCCGAGUCAGCGAUCUAAGCGCUGGAGAGUACCCGUCCCAAGACGUAGAUCAACAGCCUCAAACCGUAGCUCAGUUCAACAAUUCAACGGCCACCGGUGGCUACAUUCCGUUACAGACGGUGCCACCUCCACCGGCUUACAGUGACCUUCCUCCGUACUAUCACCAUUCCCAUCACCUGUUUCCGGGGCCGGUCGGUAGCGCGUCCAGGACUUGGUAUUAUGACAACGGCAGUGCCGAUUACGUACCUGCAGUGAUUCAACAAAAUAUAGAAAAUAGCAUUCACCAGCAAGUAAGCCCGGACAGCACAUCGUCGGUAGCUGAGGGAUCGUCAUAUGCUACGCUGGGCAAUUACAGUAACAUUCCAACAGCGGUAAUCGAAACUUCCGAACGCCUGGCUCAAGAUCGUUCCUCCCAUAACACACCCCAUACGAUAGAUAGCAAUAACAACACCUGCGAUGGGGAAUCCCUGGACGAUAGCAUUGAGGUUGGCAUCUCAGGAGAUGACCGUGCCGGAAGCGACACCGGUACGGGACCAAACGGUUCCAGCAGUAGUCAGAAGAAGCGUAAACGAAGGAUUCUCUUUUCCAAAACGCAAACCUACGAACUGGAGAGACGGUUCAAGCAAACGCGCUACCUUUCGGCUCCAGAGCGGGAACACCUGGCCAAUAUGAUUCAUCUAACGCCAACUCAAGUAAAAAUUUGGUUUCAGAACCAUCGCUACAAAACGAAGCGCGCGCAAAUUGAGAAAAGUUCGACCAGCUUUGCGCAUCAGAUCGGAAGCUCACCGAAACGGAUCAACGUUCCGGUGCUGGUGCGAGACGGUAAGCCUUGUAUGGGGUCACAGCAGCAACAGCACCAUCAACAGGCUCAACAUCACCAGCAGCAGCAACAUUUUCUGGGUGGUGGAGGUCUUCAUUCUUUGGUUGGAAUGACAACUUCGGAGCAUGGACCGAUUGGGCUCGGCUAUCAGCAGUCCGGACAAGUUCUUAUGCAGAAUCACGGAUCUUCCGCUAGUGGUAGGUGGUGGCCUUGAGGUUAUGUUCGUAUGGAGUUAAAAUUUUUGUGAUAAUUUGGUUAUUAUGUAGAUGUUUAAGUAUACUGUAAAUUGAA